AUGGCGACGAACACGUACGUGGUGGAGUAUGCCAAGACUGGGCGGGCCAGCUGCAAGAACAAGCCGUGCAAGAAGAAGACGAUCGAAAAGGACAGCGUGCGCGUUGGCAAGGUCAGCCCCAACCCCUUCUCCGAGGGCGACACGAAGACCGAUUGGUUCCACUUGUCGUGCAUCUUCGAUCAGUUGAGCCGAGCGCGAGCAUCGACCAAAAAGAUCGAGAGCACCGACGAUCUCGAGGGCUUUGACGAUCUCAAGAAGAAAGAUCAGCAGCGUGUCAAGGCGCUGAUCGCGGGCGAGAGUGAGAGCGAGGACGAGGACAGCAGCGAGGAGGACAAGAAGAAGAAGAAGACAACAAAGAAGGCGCCCGCCAAAAAGAAGGCCCCUGCCAAGAAGAGGAAGCAGCCAAGCUCAGACGAAGAAGAAGAGGAAGAGAGCGAGGAGGAGAAACCCAAGAAGAAGGCGCCUGCCAAGAAGAAGGCCCCGGCCAAGAAGCGGAAGCCGGCCACCUCUGACGAGGAUGAGGAGGAGGAGGAGAGCGAAGAGGAGAAGCCCAAGCCCAAGCGGAAGGCGGCCAGCAAGGGAAAGGCUCCUCCCGCCAAGCGGAGGAAGCCCGCCUCUUCAGACGAAGAGAGUGAGGAAGAGAGCGAAGAGGAGAAGCCCAAGCCCAAGCGUAUCGCCAAGAGGAAGAACCGCUGA